GCGGCGUCGGAGGCGGCGGAAGGGUGAAGAGAAGCCGAGUGUAACGCGCGAGUAAAAGACAGAACGCGGCAGCCAGGGGGUGGAGAGAGAGAGAGAGAGCCAGAGAGAGAGAGAGAGAGAGAGAGAGAAAGAGAGAGAGAGGAGAGUGAGAGAGAGAGGUAGGGAGGCGGCAACCGAGGCGAACAGACUUCACCGGCGCUCUGCUCCCAAUAACGACUCUCGCCCUCGGUCAGUCGCGCGCGAACCGCGGAGCCGCGAGCAUCUCUCCGUUUUUCUCUCGUUCUGCUCUCGGGCAGGUUACCUGCGUUUCGAGCCAGCGCAUGCACGUGCGAACCCGGGGGGACGCGAGAGCACAAGGGAGCGAGAGGGCAAAGUGGAACGAAUGUACACACAAGAGGUUGACCCGCGUCCGGUCACCGAUCGAAACUAAACGAACCGCGCCGCUCGAGGAUUCACGAUCGAAAUAACCCGAGACACCGAGGCGACAGGUGAAUCGGUUCGAGUCGAGCCUCGAUCGCUAUUGUCCGUGCGUUCGUCCGCUGUUCAGAGAGACAUGUCGGUACUCACGGGGAAUCGGAGUUAGCAGGCAAAAGACAUUCUCACAGUAAGCGAAGACGGAAACACAGCGAAAGGACGGAAGAUGAAAGAGUCUGUUUGCGAGUGUUCGGCCAGCUAGGACACUCUGGCAGGCUUCACUAAGAUUCUCGAGGGAGGAUCGGUGGUGGAUUGAUGACCCCGGUCGAAUCGGGCAAAUUGGGGACAAGGUGAGAAAAGGGACAGAGUCAGAGACCACGAGGGCUAGACUUAGAGGGGAGGAGAAACGAGUCCGCAUUCGGGGUUAUCUGACGGUGGAAUAGCCGCGAUAUCGACGUGGUAAUCGCGUCGCGAGUGGUGUUGGCUGCAUCCGGAGAUACACGCAGCUGGUGACCGAGUGAGAGAAGAGCGGAAAGCGGUCGCACAAAGUGACAAGCGGCGAGCGCAUGGUAUAUAAAAGUGCGAAUUGGUGAAGAGCGCGCGCGCGCGCACGCACGCGAGACCGAGCGAGUUACCGGGCGGUUCGAGGCUGCGAGUGGCGCGCGGACCAAGAAGAAGAAGAAGAAGAAGAGGAGGAGGAGGAGGAGGAGGAGGAGGAGGAGGAGGAGGAGAAGGAAAAGGAGAAGGAGAAGAAGAAGAGGGAGAGAGGUGGCCAGGGAGAGGAGCACACACCAUAGAGGACAACGCUGUUGCUAUUUUCGAGACCGCCAAAUAUCUCGGUGCUGCUCUCGGUGCUGCUGCUGUCUGCGUUGGCCCUGCCACGUUCUUUCUUCGGCUCCGUUCACGUUCCUCCAAAGCGCAGCGAUUCUGCGCCGAUGACGCAUGGCCCUGACCAAACAGGGGGACAGAGAGAGAGAAAGAGAGCGAAAGAGCGUGAAAGAGAGGAGGCCGCACGAGAAGAGCGAGAGACGGAGCGAGAGAGCGGCGCGUAUGACAGAUUGACCGUUCGAAUGAAAAUCGUUUGAACGGUCGUGAGGGUCCUCCGACGAAGAAGAAUCCUGGCUAAAGGGUGCGAAAAGGCUGUUAGGAGAGAAGAGAAAGAGGGAAAGGAAGAGGUGAAGCGAAGUCGAUCGAUCGUCGUGAUAGACAAUGGCGGGCGAGGACACUCAGAUUCUGGCGAACGGAAAUGUCGAGGCACUGACGAUAAUCCCGCCGAAGAUGGCGAACGGGAACGGUCUGAUCUGCGAGAAGCAGCACAACAACAAUGGCUCGAUACCAAACGGGCAACUACACGAGAUCUCCGCGACGGAGAACGGGAAGCUGAUCAUGUCCGACGAGAAAUCGAGCAGCCUUCACACGGAGUUCGACGACGCUGACGUGUCGUGCGGCUGGGGCCCGUGCAGGCCACACUGGCUGCAGUAUUUCGCCACGAAGCAGGCCUUCCUGGCCACCUUCUGCAUCACUUGGGUCCUCCAGGGAAUGUACUACACGUACUUCGUCUCGGUGAUCACGACGAUCGAGAAGCUGUUCCAGAUUCAGUCGAAGACCACCGGUAUCAUAAUGUCAGCGACGGAGAUCGGCCAGAUCGGUUCCUCUCUCCUGCUUACGUACUACGGGGGUCAAGGUCACCGGCCUAAGUGGAUCGCUUGGGGCAUGAUCCUGUUCGCGGUGAGCUCGUUCACCUGCUCGAUGCCCCAUUUCAUCUUUGGUAAACAGCUGAUCCAUCAGAACGAGAUGUUUUUCAGCGGUAUCGAGGGUGGUGACUCCACGAAUCUUUGCAAACUGCAGGAUCAAUCUGGGAACGCUACUUUGGAUAGCUGGAUCUCAUCUACGACGCCGGCUCAAGUGAACGCGAUGAACUACUGCAAGGGUGACUCGUUGACAGAGCAGAGAAUACAGAGCAAAAUAAUCACAAUGGUCCUGGCUAUAUUUUUCGUCUCCUUGUUAGGCGUUGGAAUGGGUCAGACGGCAGUCUACACCCUUGGUAUCCCUUACAUCGAUGAUAAUGUGGCCAGCAGAGAAAGUCCGCUCUAUUUCGACUUCCCUAAAGCGGUGAAGAGGCUGUUGAAGAACGACAUUCUUAUGUUCCGGACGGCCAGCAGCGUGCUGCACAUCCUACCGAUCGCCGGCCUCUACACCUUCCUGCCAAAGUACCUCGAGAGCCAAUUUCGCAUGCCAGCUCAUCAUGCGAACAUGAUCUCAGGUGUCGGUGGUAUUUUAGUAAUGGGUCUGGGUAUUAUAAUUAGCGGAGUGUUUAUCCUGAGGAUAAAGCCUAACGCCAGGUUCGUCGCAGCCUGGAUCGCCUUCACAGCGGUAGUUUACGCGGUCGGCAUGGGUGUGCUGAUGUUCGUCGGUUGCCCGAUGGAUGAUUUCGCUGGUCUCAUUUCACAUUCGGAUGGAUUGUCCAGCUUCGAGCCGACCUGCGAGGCCACCUGCGACUGCGUUCGAAACAAGUUCAGCCCGAUUUGUGGCGUCGAUGGGAAAACGUAUUUUUCCGCGUGCCACGCGGGCUGCUCUAAUUAUACGAUAGUCGAUGGCAAGGUAGCUUCGUUUUACAACUGCCAGUGCAUCGGGUCGAAUCUAACUUCACCGGAAAUAGCCAGUACCGCGACGAUCGGUUACUGCGAGCUCGAGUGCAGUAACUUUUGGGUUUACAUGGUCCUGUUCUCGGUGUUCGUUUUCAUCCAUUCGACCAGCGAAGUUGGCUCCAUGCUGUUGAUCCUACGGUGCGUGGAUCCACGGGACAAGGCGAUGGCUUUGGGGCUCAUACAAUUCGCCAUCGGCCUGUUUGGUAACGUCCCGUGUCCAAUCGUUUAUGGUGCUGUGGUGGACUCCGCUUGUCUCGUAUGGGAAUACGCUUGCGGCGAGCGUGGUGCCUGCUGGCUUUACGACUCGAAUGUCUUUAGAAUGUUCUAUCAUGGUACCACAGGUGGAAUCCUGAUUCUCGCGUUCGUAGUCGACAUAGUGGUGUGGUACAAGGCGGGAAGCAUUAGCUUCGUGGAGGAGCAGGAAGCGGAGGAGGGCACCGUGGAAGAAAUGGCCACCCUGAAGUCGCAGGACGCGCAGGCAGUGGACAACGACUAUUUAUGAAAGGGUCCCGGUCGACUUCGAUGGUAUCUCAUCAAGCACAGGCCUGAAUCUAGCGUCGUAAACCGGGACAAAGCGUGACGAGCCGUUCCUAACUGACGAGAACUCGGUGCCAGUAGCACGCUGGAGGUUCAAGACCGGGCGAUCGGUGUCGAUCUUCGUGUGUCACGUUCGUCGGCCGUUUCCUUUUCGCUGAGUUUCGUUCUUUUUUUUUUUUCUUUUUGUUUUUCCCUUUCGAGACCCGGACCUCUCUGUUGCCUGUUCAAAGCGACGAAGCGAAGGAUCCAAGAGGGAACGACGACGUUGGUGCUCGCAUCGAUCGCCUUUCGAAACUCGAAAGUUGAGUGAAGACGAGAUCGGACGAUGAACGAACUGUCGAAGAAGGCGGUGCUAGGCCACAGGAAAUACCUGUAGUUUCCGAAGAGGCUGUGCUGAGGUUUCAAAGAAGCGCGUCGGGGGAUGAAGACAGAAAAGAGAGAGACGAAAGAGUUCGAUAAUCAACGACGUGAUUGUUCUUGAGGUUCUUAGAGAAUUCUUGAAGACGUGAAGAUAACGAAGAACAACGAUUUGAAAUUAGAGAUAAAGCGGUACGAGGUACAUCCAGAGGAGAGCGAGAGAGAGUGAGUGAGAGAAAUAUCGAGCAGAAACGUCAGGUAAUAUAUAAAAUUUCGUAAAAAGGAAAGAAAGAUGAAAGAAAUUGCGAUAUAACGAUCGAUACGGACGACGAAACGCAUGGUUCUUUGGCACGCGAAGUUCUCGGAUUUUGGACGAGCUUCUCUUAGGCACUACCGUCCGUGUUCCACUCUGCAAAUACAACUAGGCGUAGGCAAACUGUACGUACAAGCGAUUUACGAUGUGUGUAUGUGUGUCGAUAAUAUUUAUCUGGGACGAAAUGCGCGAUAUAUAUGUCGUUGUUUUUGCUAGGGAAUAAGGAACAAUAAACGAAAGAUCAGAAGGAUAUAACAGGGACAGAUAAAAAACAAGAGAGAGAGAGAGAGCGAGAGAGAGAGAGAGAAAGAGAGAGAGAGAGAAUGAAUCUGGGAGCGAAUGAGGAAAAUAAGAAAAAUACAUAGGACAUAUUUUUUAGAUGAUUUGACGAUGAAAAUCCGGACGAUAAAGAUAAAAAGUAACGUUGAUUACUAAUUAUUAAAGCGUUAGCGGAUACGAUACGCAGGGAGAAGAGCGACGACGCAAACGAAAAGCAAAAAUAAAUUAAGACGCAAGAAGUAUGAGAGAAAACUGAAAUUAAAAGGGGUGGGAGGGGAAAAGCUGAGAAUUAAGAGCUGUAUUUUAAUAUGAUACAUUUUACACACUCGUGAGACACUCGUCGAUGUAUGCGCAUCUGCCGCCUGUGCUUUUAGUGCUUUUGGCGUUCAUCGUUUUUGAGUCCUGUUAGAUGGUUGACCUGGUCGUUUAUUAACCCUUUGUAGACUCUCUUUAGAUUUCGAUGAAGAUUGAUCGUAAUUCCUCAGUUCCAAGAAUCCAAUAAUAAAUUCAAAUUAAUACAUAUGUAAUAUAAAACUCGAAUGGAUAAUCAAUCAAAUUGAAACAAAAAGUACUUUAUGCAUUAUAUAUCGUUUUAUAUAUUAUAUUUUUAAAUUAGUAAAUUGUUAGAGUAAUUGCUGGUGGAAUUUUAUAAUCAAAGGGUUAGGUGGACGGUCAGUGUAUUGGAUAGUUGUAUGUCUUGCAUUAGAUGGGGAAACGAGAAAGAAAGGAGAGAACGGUUCCAGAAGGAAGAAAGAAAGAAAUUAGAAACGCGCAUUUAGGGUACGCAUUAGCCGUUAUGAAGUUCGCGAAUUAUUCGAUUCAGGGGCAUUGCUAAUAUAUUAUAACGUUUUGUGUUUUCUUCGAAGAACAUUUGGCUGAAAACUGAAAUCCAUCAGAAUUAGAUUGUGAAGAGAGAAGUAAGGAAAAAAUCAGGUAAUUUUCCAAUAAUUUUCCAAAGAAAUGAACAGAGGAACAAGGAACAUUUUUGGAGAAUUUUAAUUUUGAUCAAUUCUGUAUUGCUUCGUUCAUCCCCGCAAUCGGAAAACUAUUGCUUAAAAAAAGGAAGACACUAAAAUGGAAUCACUAAUAAUUCACAGAAUUAUUUUCUCUGACUUUGUACUUUAUGUUUAGCAUUAUUUUUCAUGUUUGUUUUAUUUUCUGUUUAUUCUAUUCUGUUUAUCUCGAAGCCAUUAACUGUAAAUGAAUCGUAAUAACGACGGCCAAUUGUUUCUUCGAAAUUCCAAGUGAAGAAAAUAUAUAUCAUACAUAUAACAUUGCAUUAACUCUGAACAAGCUUUCAGAGUGGCAGACGAUCUUCCGUUAGUCCAGAAGCCAAUAGCUACUUCAAAAGCGAAGAGAGUGAUUACUGAAAACGUAAUUUUUCUUUAUGAAACGUGUUACUUCCAAUUGAGACAGGCGAUUCUCUAGAAUUUCUUCUGGACUACGGUAGACCGUAUACUUUAACCCUUUCGAUAUUGAAGAUAGUUGCCCGUAUUCUGCAAUAGGACAAACGAAACCAACCGAAAGGGUUGAACGUGUUGCAUAUAGACAUUAUACGUAUCGUGUGUGCAUGUGCGUUUGUGUACAGUCGUACCAGUGAAUCGUUGACGAUGCAAUUGAGAAUGGAUUGCACAGGGGCGGAUACGGCCUUCCGUGCGCCUGUUGAUCUCCAUCGAGAAUUGUAUUUUUGUAUUCGAAGUGACACAUAAUCUAUAUUUUAAUCGAUCACGAGUCGUAUAUAGAACAGCAUGUAAUAACUUGGAAGCCAAUUUCAUCCUUUGACGCGAUUCGUUUCUUGGAACGUUUGAACGUUCGCCGUUCAAUGUUGGUUCAAUUCACUGCGACAAUUCUCUCCGUUUUUCGUUUGUCCACUGUCAAAUGGUGGAACGAGAAAAGGGGGGAGGGGGAACGAACGAUUCGAAGGGUGCUUCUUCGUUUUCCUCUUUCUUGGUAUCAAGAACGUCACGUGAUAAAUUAAUCGUCACGUAUCGUGUCGAUAUGAUACCGUUUUCGCGAUCGGUAAUGGAAUAAUCUACGAUCUACACAGUAUGUUCUGAUCGAUUGUUUGUCCUUAAAAUUAAACGAAACGCAUUUGAAACGAGAGACGACAAUAUUUUCGCAAGGAGAGACUAGAUACGCUGAUAUUUACUAAAAGAUUUAUCACGUGCACGAUAUGAUCGAAGAAAGGGUUUAUAAUUUUGGAGAAGAGAGAAGAGAUAUGACCUGUGGUAUCGCAAUCUCAGAAUAAUCGUUGUUUCGCUUGAGAGUCGGUCCGAGAGAUGAUGCGUUUUAACCUUCGCGCGUUGGCAGGUGAAUUUUCGUGUCUCUUAGCAUUACGAAGCCGUUUUUAGGAGUUUCAAGGAGUUUUAUCCCACGAAACGCGAUUACAUACGCGAUAGACGUUAUGUAGAUUUUAGAGUGUUUUGCAUGCCGUUUUAUGAGCAAAAUUCACGCACUGGUUGCCUGGAGCAACAUUGCCAAACGAGGAGUCAAAACCGACAUCUCCGUCGUUGCGACUGUCGAACGAAAUUUCUCACAGGUUUUUCUCUCUGUCGAUGCAUUGUCGGACGCAUUGUAUCAAUCGAACAAGAUUUUAAACGGACUUGGUCGUCAAAUAACGAUGAACAGAACUAUUUUCGACGGUCGAAGCCGUGAUGUACAAACACUACGCGCUCUUCUCUACGGUUCGAUUUAUUUUUAACCGCGUUUUUCAAUUCUUUUCCCAUCGACGGAACGGCUAGAGGAUUCGAAGAGAGAGAGAGAGAGAGAGAGAGAGAGAGAGAGAGAGAGGCCGUCGUCGUCCCAUGUGUCCGUCACAAAGAUAUUUUUCUUGAAGAAACGAAUCUGAAUUGGGAAGCGUAACGGCGACACAUGCGUUUAUUUUCCAAGAAAGUCGCGAACCAGAGUUCGACGGGUCUCGACGAGACGCCCUUUAGGUUCUAGCAUCUUGUUUUGAAACGCGUUCCUCGGUUCGUUGAUGAAAGUACGUAAUACCAGUGAACCAGAGAUUCCUCGAACCUACGAACGGACAAGGGUGAAGCGAAUCUUCGCGAGCGAGUUCCAUUUGAUUUUAUUUUAUUUUAAUUUCCUUUCUUCGAAAGGGGGAGGUAAACCUCGAUGAAUGAUGUGUACUUGUGCGUUUGCCUUUCAGUGCUCGAUUAUACGUUAACUGUAUAUUACAUGUACGAUAGAAUUGUACAUAUAGGAAAGUACAAUAAUUGCCAAAAUAAUCAUGGCGUGGAGCGACUCAGUCUUUAUUCCGUGUGUUGCGCCAGUCGGUGUAUCUAAGAUGGACAAAUGACGUCUUCGACGUCGAAUCUUUUAUGAAUUUUACCCACAAAGGGAGGGGCACUUGCGCGAACGUGAAUUUUAUCCGAGAUAUCUUGGACUUUGACGAGGAUUUUGAAAUGUAAUACGAUUGACUGUUCGAUUUAGUCGCCUGUCUCGGUUCAUUUGUCCAUCGUUCAUUAAAAUAAAAUAUGCUUAAUCGCAUCGCCAGGAGAAUCGACGCAGUGAUGACGCGAUAACGUUCAAAACACUGCCCUCUUACUGAUACUGCCAGUCAACGAAAAGACUUGUUUCGUGUGAAAGCUCGUCAGCCAAUUAAACUACUGCCAGAUAUUAUCGAAUCACUUUUACCAGUGUCCUUUGCGAACUGUCCAUUUACAAGAUUCUUUGGCCCAAUAUAAGCAGUUUGCUUUUAUAUAGCAAUACUUUCCUUUGCAUUUGAUACUUCUCGCGUAAUUCGAACGAGUUUUUUUUUUACCAAAUGCAUUAACAUUUAUAUACAACGUCGACAAUCUAAAAGAUAAGAAAAUAUUCAUUUUUUUACAUUAGCCACUUACAUUCAUUCAGCAUUUAACGUUCACUAGCCAUAUCUUUUGAUGCGUCAUCGUUGUCUGAAGUCUCACAGUAUCGUCGAUCAAACAUUAUUAAAAAAAGAAAAAAGAAACAGAAAAAAAAAAGGUAAAAGAGGAACCGAUCACUGGCGGAACACAGAAUACCAUAAUAAUUAUAUUUUAGUAAAAAAAAGAAUUUAUCAUUAAUAUACUUGUAGGAUAAUCAUUCGCGCAAGCGGACACCACGAUUUUAUCUAAUUACGACGUAGUUCUGUAAGAGAACCAUAAUUGCUAGUCUUUAAUUUGCGACGUGCUCACGUGUACUCGCACGUCUCGACGGAAUAUAUACUGGAUGUUUUAUGAAUCCUUCGAUUGGAGCAACUUCAUCAUUCUGCGAUCAAUUUUUAUAUAUUUUUAAUCUUCUAAGAUUGCGAUUUAAUUCAACAAGCUGUCGAACAAAAUUUUCGUUACACGCUCUGAAUAAGAAUUUCCAUCCGAGUCCUCAAUAUUACUUUGCAAAAGUAUCGUCUCCGCGAAUUCGACGAAUCAUUGAAUCUCAUUGUUAAGGCUGAUCUCUGUAUUUUUACGAAAAUUUGGAAAAAGAAAGAAAA